AUGUUACAACAACUUUGCAAGCACCUGCGCUUGGUUGGUCUGUUGAUUGCCGCUGUGGCUGGUCUCCUCACGGCACUGUUCGCGGUCCACCAGCUUGUGCUUCCCGUUGUCGGCUGGAUCUUCCCUUCCCUGGAAUCAACAUUCUUUGACCUUGCCGUCUACGGUGGUUACCCGCAACGUAAUUACAUCUCACACAACUUGACUUCACCAGACCUGCAACAAGUACGGUGGGAUGACAGAUGCGACAAUGGCUUCAUCUUUAUCUCUCCUCAAGGCAAAUCAGUCGAACACCCUGGUCCUAUGAUUCUAGAUGCAAGAGGAAACCUUGUAUGGCAGACAGACCAGUAUGGACAGGCCAUGAACUUGAAAGUCCAGGAGUACAAGGGUGAGAAAUACCUUACCUUCUGGGCUGGUCUACGAGGAUCAAGCUAUGGCUAUGGAAAUUACUAUAUGGUGAGCAUACCUAACUGCUGGUCAUCACCACUCAAGGUUAACUGUCUCGCAGNNCUCGACUCGUCCUACCAAGAAAGAUAUCAAGUCUCUGCCGUUGGCGAGGGCCUCAAGGGCGACCUUCACGAAUUCACUCUUACGAAAGACGGCACGGCGCUCAUCACCGUCUACAAUGCAACACAAACCGACAUGACCGCAAUGCGAAGGCCAGUGGAUGGCUGGGUCAACAACAACUUGUUUCAAGAGAUUGAUGUCGAGACUGGCAAGUUGCUAUUCCAGUGGAAUGCGCUAGACCACUUCUCUAUCAUGGACUCGUUCUACACGCAUCCGCUGGCCGGAUACUGGGAGUCGAUUCCAUUCGAUUGGUUUCACAUCAACAGUGUCGAGAAGGACGACCAUGGUGACUACCUUAUAUCGUCUCGUCACCUCCACUCCCUAAUAAAGGUCAACGGUACCACUGGCGACGUGGUCUGGACUCUUGGAGGAAAGCAAAACAGUUUCAAGGAUACCUCAGCUGGCGAAGCAACGACUUUUAGCUGGCAGCACGAUGGUCGCUGGCUGGAUCAGGACCAGGGUAUUCUCACCGUCUUCGAUAACAGCGAUGCCGGCCCUCUUCACCUAGACGCCUCGUACUCUACCGCUCGCAUGAUCCAAAUCAACACAACCGACAACACAGCGAAACUCCUACAUAAAUAUAUCUCUGAUAGACACACUCGCGCUGCCUCGCAAGGCUCGGUCCAAGUCCUGCCGUCCACUAACACCGUUUUCGUUGGCUGGGGCCAUUCACCAGUCUUCUCGGAAUUCGAUGUUGACGGCACAUUGAUUUGUGAAGCUCAUUACGGCGCGCAAUACAUCUCACACUACGGCCGUGUAACAUCAUACCGCUCGCUCAAAGCUGAUUGGGUUGGCGCACCCCUCGAACCUCCGACAGCAAAAAUUCAGGCUGGAAGACUAUACGCAUCCUGGAACGGUGCUACAGAAAUUGCGACAUGGACAUUACAAUCCGCCGACUCCUGGACGAAUUCCGAAUUUGGAGAUGUCGAUGUGGUCGACAAGGUAGCCUUCGAAACUUCAUUCCUAUUACCUGAGGGCACCUCAGAAACAUUAUACCGUGUUGUUGCUUCUGAUGUCGAGGGCAACAUUCUCGGAACCUCUGAAGUUGCGAUCGAAGAUACGACGACGACAGCGCAGAGCGUAUGGAGUAUUCUACUUCCCCUUGGAGGUAUCUGCGGCGUAAUAGUCGGCUUCAGCGCUCUGAGACGUCUCAGAAAAGGAGAGCGUGUUCUGCCCAAGUGGAAGAGAGGGAUGAGCAGCUAUUCGCACAAGUACACCCGCUUGUGA